CAAAAUCAACAAUGUUGUUGAAAGGAAAUGUUGGAUAGUCGUAUUCGACAGAAGGAAAUGAGCCUUGGGCUCAAGUUCUCUUUAGGAGAUGAUAACUGUUAAGUGAUUCUGGCACCCAUGGUGACUAUUUUGCAGCUGUUAAAGCGUCCUCAUUCUUUGAUAAAUUUUUCUGUGUGUUGAAGCUUUGCUUGUGAACUGGUAGUUUUUACUAAGAACAGGCUGAUUAUCUACUUUAGAGCUGAAGACUACUUUAGAGCUGAAGAAUUAGCUGAUGAGUUUUUUGUGAAGGUUUGGCAUGCAUGGAUGAGUUUAAAAAUCAAAACUCAAUGGUUACUUGUUUAAGCAUGUUUAAACUCUUGUCAGCUAUAAAGUCCGUUGAUUGAACAAAAAAAGAAGUCGAGAAAUAAGCAAAUUGAUUAACAUCGAACAAGCUAUUGCCGAGUUUAAUGUGGUUGAAUUUGAAUUGAAGCUCAUGCAAACAAACUCAUUUUAUUAAUUAGUAUUUUUUAAUAUAUUUGUAAGUAUUUUUAUAUUAUAUUAGCAAAUCACUUGAUAAUUUUUGUUGAAAGGAAAUCACUUAAUAAUUUAUAAUAUACUGUGCAUAGAAUCUUAAACGAAAAAUAAUUUUGAAAAAAAAUAAAAUAAAAUUGAGCUCUAGACUUCCAGUGGAAUUCGUAUUCACUCAAUUUUACCUAUUUCCGCCAAUGCCCAAUGGGCCGUUAGGAUCAAUACAUGGGUCUCCUCAAAGGCUCAAGGAGCAAUAAGUGAGAGGAAUAUACGUUCGCCAGUCGUCACCCAAUUCGUACAUCACCACCAACGGGCAUUGGCCGAUUGAUAGUCCCCUCUCUCUCUCUCUCGCCUAUAGGAAGAACCCAAGAAGAGAUGAGCUCUUCGCCGCACCGUUCUCGAGAUGGCAGUAGCAGCAGCAGUGGGGAGGGGCGACCGAGAUUUUUCGAUCACAAUGCCAAAAAGAUAUGCUGGGCCAACGCUGAAACAGUACCUGGUCGACACCCUGAGAGGUGGCGCAAAGACGCUGCUGGCAACGUCGUUUGCAAGCGCUUGUGCAACUGCCAUGGCUGCCUCUGCUUCCAGUACGACCACAUCGUACCCUUCUCCAAAGGCGGUGAAUCUACAGCUGAUAAUUGUCAAAUACUUCAAGCAAGGGUCAAUAGUUUCAAAUCGGAUAAACAGGAGGUGGACAAAACUCAAUUGAAAGGUUACUCGUGUGACCUCAAGUUCACUGACAAGGAGCUUGACAUAAUAGAAAUGGCUGUUUAUGGAGACGUGAUUCGCCCUGGAAACCAAUGUCGUUGCAGAACUGUUGCUGAAAUGCUGGGCGAAUACAAGUCAAAAGACCGUGCAGCUGCUUGCAAAUUGCCGUACGGUGAGGAAAAGUUAUAGGCUGAAAGAAUUUGAAUUUUGUCAUAUCAUACAAUUUUCCACCCACUGAAAUUGUAUCACUUCAGUUAUUUGAAAAAGAAAAUGCAUCACUUUGGACCAUGUAAGCAAUUGUAGAAUAUUCAAAACCACAGUUAGAGAAAACUGGAAGAUAAUUAUCUGUUGUAAGCUCAAUGAGAAUGGUAUUAAAAGUUCUUUUUCUUCUUUUCUUUA